GUGUGGGUGUGUGUGAUUGGGGGGAAGGGAGUGUGAUACCACACAGUGCAGUCCUUUCUUCACCAAGCCCUCUUUCCAUUCUUUCCGCAGAUCUUCACCCCCUCUUAGCUCUGAAUCUCUCCUUUUGGGUCAGAGGGAGGGAUUCUCCCAGAUUCCCACGGUCCUGCCUUCUGUUAGGCGCGGCUCCUUUAAGACUCGCCCGUCCCUGGAUCUAUUGAGGGGGGGCGUGAUCCUGUGGGCCCGCCCCUGGCUGUUGAUUGGUCGUUGGGUGGACGGGGUGGGCCUGAGGGAGAGGGCCUCCCCCUGCUCGGUACCCUCCGCCCCCCCCAGUCUGGGGCUCCGGGUAAAGUUUCAGCCUCCGCACGUGACUCGCUAUGGCCGCUGCCUUCGCCCCGCGCCCCUGAGCCGCGGCCCCCCGAACUGCUCCUCUCCCGGGACCCCGUACCCCUGACGCGGAGCAGCACCAAGGCGCAGGGUCAGGACAGACGCCGUGCCCGCGGGCGCCUCGGACGGAUUGCGUGCCCCCGCUGCGAGCAUCACAGGACAUGGCCCCCCCUGCCGCCUAGCCGGGGCCCACCUAGGAGAGGCAUCCUUUUCGGCAUCCUGAAGGCCAGCUCUGGACCUUCCCGGGAAAGUGCCAGCUCACGGAACUGCUUGACCAAAGGAUCGGCUCUUGGGACAUCCCCCAACCCGCCCGGCCCCCAGCUAGAGUGGGGGCUCCAGAAGGCUGAGAUUAGCCUGCUGGCCUUGGACAGCAGCUCCAGGACAGAAGGGGGGGGUGGGCUGACCACCCAAACCCCCUCUGGGCCCAGGCCCCAUGCCCCGAGGAGGGGCGGCCUGAAGCCCGCCAGAGCCCUCUGCCAGACUGUCUGCCUGUCCUUCUGACUGUGGCUGCUUGGCAUGGCCAGCAACAGCAGCUCCUGCCCAACACCUGGGGGAGGGCACCUCAAUGGGUACCCGGUGCCCCCCUACGCCUUUUUCUUCCCCCCUAUGCUGGGUGGACUCUCCCCGCCAGGCGCUCUGACCACUCUCCAGCACCAGCUUCCAGUUAGUGGCUACAGCACACCAUCCCCAGCCACCAUCGAGACCCAGAGCAGCAGUUCCGAAGAGAUAGUGCCCAGCCCUCCCUCGCCGCCCCCACUGCCCCGCAUCUAUAAGCCUUGCUUUGUCUGUCAAGACAAAUCCUCAGGCUACCACUAUGGGGUCAGCGCCUGUGAGGGCUGCAAGGGCUUCUUCCGCCGCAGCAUCCAGAAGAACAUGGUGUACACAUGUCACCGGGACAAGAGCUGCAUCAUCAACAAGGUGACCCGGAACCGCUGCCAGUACUGCCGGCUGCAGAAGUGCCUGGAAGUGGGCAUGUCCAGGGAGUCUGUGAGGAACGACCGGAACAAGAAGAAGAAGGAGGCGCCCAAGCCCGAGUGCUCUGAGAGCUACACGCUGACGCCAGAGGUGGGGGAGCUCAUCGAGAAGGUGCGCAAAGCGCACCAGGAGACCUUCCCUGCCCUCUGCCAGCUGGGCAAAUACACUACGAACAACAGCUCGGAACAGCGUGUCUCUCUGGACAUUGACCUCUGGGACAAGUUCAGUGAACUCUCCACCAAGUGCAUCAUUAAGACUGUGGAGUUCGCCAAGCAACUGCCUGGCUUCACCACCCUCACCAUUGCCGACCAGAUCACCCUCCUCAAGGCUGCCUGCCUGGACAUCCUGAUCCUGCGGAUCUGCACGCGGUACACGCCCGAGCAGGACACAAUGACCUUCUCGGACGGGCUGACUCUCAACCGGACCCAGAUGCACAACGCUGGCUUCGGCCCCCUCACGGACCUGGUCUUCGCCUUCGCCAACCAGCUUCUGCCCCUGGAGAUGGAUGAUGCUGAGACUGGGCUGCUCAGCGCCAUCUGCCUCAUCUGUGGAGACCGGCAGGACCUGGAGCAGCCAGACAGGGUGGACAUGCUGCAGGAGCCGCUGCUUGAGGCGCUGAAGGUCUACGUGCGGAAACGGAGGCCGAGCCGCCCCCACAUGUUCCCCAAGAUGCUCAUGAAGAUCACGGACUUGCGAAGCAUCAGUGCUAAGGGGGCCGAGCGGGUGAUCACGCUGAAGAUGGAGAUCCCGGGCUCCAUGCCACCUCUCAUCCAGGAAAUGCUGGAGAACUCGGAGGGCCUGGACACUCUGAGCGGACAGCCGGGGGGCGGGGGGCGGGAUGGGGGCGGCCUGGCCCCCCCGCCCGGCAGCUGUAGCCCCAGCCUCAGCCCCAGCUCAAACAGAAGCAGCCCGGCCACCCACUCCCCGUGAUGCCCGCGCCCCGUGGACACAGCCCUCGCCCCUCGCCCCGGCUUUUCUCUGCCUUUUUACCAACCGUGUGACCCCCGCCAGCCCUGCCCCUUACCUGUCCUCCCUUCCUGGGGGAUGGGAGGGAGGAGGCGGCGACUCUUGGGACAGAGGCCCGGGUUGCGAUGGACUGCCCGCUCCUGCAGCCUGGGCUGACCUCAGGGGCAAGGCCGUGAACUGAGUGAGGACCCCUGGUCCUGGGCCUCUGGAUGGGGCCUGGGGGCCUCGUGUUCAUCAAGACACCCCUCUGCCCACCUCGCCACAUCUUCAUCACCAGCAAAUGCCAGGACCUGGCUCCCCCAUCCUCUGAACUCACAAGCCAUUGCCCCCCGGUUGGGGAACCCCCCUGCCUUGGUUGGUGACAGAGGGGGUGGGCCAGGGGUGGGGGGUUCCCCCUGUACAUACCCUGCCAUACCAGCCCCCAGGUAUUAAUUCUCGCUGGUUUUGUUUUUAUUUUAAUUUUUUUUUUGGUUUUGAUUUUUUAAUAAGAAUUUUCAUUUUAAGCACAUUUA